CCCCUCACCACCAUUUCACUUCACCCAAUUUACUCUUGUGACUGUUCCCCUCGAUCAUUGUGUUAUCCUCGGAAAGAUUUUCACUAUUUUUUCCUCUGAACAUUCGCUCAGUAUUGGAUGAUCUUUUGGGAGUACUAGAGCGUUAGAGUUCACUCGGUGGAGUCAUUGCUCGAGGAACGCGUGGGACGCGCCAAUUUGUCGUACAUCUCAUUAGAAUUGCAGCUACACGAUUAAAAUGUCUGGAAUUGCGAGUGCUAGGUUGGCAGAGGAGAGGAAAGCAUGGAGAAAGGACCACCCAUUCGGUUUUGUUGCACGUCCGACGAAAAAUCCUGAUGGAACAUUGAACCUCAUGAGCUGGGAGUGUGCUAUUCCUGGAAAGAAAUCGACCCCAUGGGAAGGUGGCCUUUACAAGCUUCGAAUGAUCUUCAAGGACGAUUAUCCAUCAAGCCCCCCGAAAUGCAAAUUCGAGCCACCACUCUUCCAUCCAAAUGUCUACCCUUCAGGCACAGUCUGUCUCUCACUACUCGAUGAGGAGAAGGACUGGAGACCAGCAAUUACGAUUAAACAGAUUCUCCUGGGUAUCCAGGACCUUCUUAAUGAGCCUAAUGUCAAGGAUCCAGCACAGGCAGAGGCCUACACAAUUUACUGUCAAAAUCGUUUGGAGUACGAGAAGAGGGUGCGCGCACAGGCCAGAGCAAUGGCGCCUCAAGAAUAACUUCCAGAGCCCAUUAAAGGAUUGACUUUCUAUGAAGAAAAAACAAAUUAAAUUCCAACGUAUGAUAUUCACAAUUCACAGGACAAUUCUAUUCUGUCUCUUUCCCUAAACUUUCCGAUCAUAGAAGUAAGCUCUUGAGUAAUCACUAGUGGUAUCGACGUCUAUCAUAUGUAUAAAAGAAAGUGAAUAAUCUAUCAUUGAAUUUCAUGGUUAUUCAUAUUUUCGUUCUUUUCUAUUCAUUUCAAUUUAAGUAAACGUCUCUAGAGUUUAAGACAGACGUAUUUUCCAAUUUCGUAGUAAACGCAGAUGCGAUGACAUUUGAUAGAACAAUUUUCAAGGAAAGUCCGUUGGUUUUCCAUGACUCCGUUGAAAACUUUUUUUAGAUAGGUUUUUCGAAUGUUCAAUAAAAAAAUUUUGUGGAGAAAAUCAACAGGUUAUUCCGUUGUAAUUUUUAGACGAAAUAUUUUCCAUGAUUUUUUGUAUUUCAUAAAUUCAAGAAAUCCAUCAAUUUUUCUUUCUAAAAUAUUUCCUGUUGAACAUAUUAAAUCUCAAAAACUGAAAAUAUCCAAUAGAUUUAAAAAACCCAAUGAUUUCGAAAACAAAAUUCCCCGUGAAGAAUUCAUCAAAGUAAAUGCACCCCUAAAGUGUCAUUAAAUUCCGUCUCGAUAAUACAGAAGAGACAUUAAUCUUAUCAAUUAAAACUCUGUACAAAUACGAUAAAAAUAAAUUUUCUUGUAUCUCAUAAAACGUAA